UUCACGUUGGAAGAGCUGAGAAAGUACAAUGGGCACAAUGACACCACCCCGCUCAUUCUGCUGGGUUUUAACGGCAAAGUGUACGACGUGUCAACUUCGCCGCAAUUCUACGGGCCGGGUAAGAGCUACAAUGUUUUUGCUGGUCGCGAUUGCACCAAGGCACUGGCAGUGAAUACGCUCAAAGAGGAUGCUCUGCCUGGACCAAAUGACUCCCCCGUUGACACUUCUGAAUUCACGGAUGCUGAGAGGCUGGCCAUGAAUAACUGGGAGCAGAGACUCUCGGUCAAGUACCCUGUGGUUGGAGUCCUC